AUGUUAGAAAAUAAUUAUCGUUCACAUCCUGCAUUUUUAACAAUUCCUUCACAAUUAUUUUAUGGUGGUAAAUUAUGCCCUAGUGCUCCUAUUAAAACAAAAAAUACAUUGUGUCAAUGGGAUGAUCUUCCAAAUAAGAAUAAUUUUCCUCUACUUUGGCAUUCAAUUGUUACACCAGAAUCACGCGAUACCGAAAAUAAAUCUUAUCAAAAUCUUGCGGAAUGCGAUGUUGUUUGUGGUUAUGUGCAAAAAUUAACUAUUGGAGCAAAAGUUAAAGCAGCAGAUAUUGGAAUUAUUACACCAUAUAGAUUUCAGAUUAAACUUCUUCGAAGUCGUUUUGCCAAAACACAUCCUCAAUUGCUUAUUGAUUCUGUUGAGAGAUUUCAAGGAUGUGAAAGACGUGUAAUUAUUAUUUCAACUGUUCGUUCUAAUGGAAUUGGUUUUUUAGAUUGCCAAAAACGUUUCAAUACAGCAGUUACUCGACCUAUGGAAUUACUUAUUAUUGUUGGUGAUUCUCGUAAUAUGGCUAAAGUUGGUUGUUGGGGACGGUAA